AUGAUGGGGUGGUGGUCUUCCGGGGCCAAUAAUGCCCUGGACGAGCAGAUAGACAAGGCUACCAGCAGCAGUUUGGAGGACAUUGCGCUUAACCUCGAGAUCUCCGACAUCAUCCGCUCAAAAACAGUCCAGCCGAAGGAGGCUAUGCGCUCGCUCAAAAAGCGCAUCAGCAACAAGAACCCAAACACCCAGCUCAGCGCACUCAACCUUACCGAUACCUGCGUGAAGAAUGGCGGCGCCCACUUCCUCGCCGAGAUCGCGUCGCGGGAGUUCAUGGAAAGUCUUGUGUCGCUGCUCAAGGCUGUCGGCCCCGGUACUGUCAACGCCGAAGUGCGCUCCAAGAUCCUCGAGCUCAUCCAGUCCUGGGCCUCGGCCGCGGAGGGCCGCUACGAAUUGGGGUAUAUCGGAGAGGUGUACAGGACGCUUCAGAGGGAGGGCUUCCAGUUUCCCCCGCGGGUUACGGUGUCUGGCAGUAUGAUCGACAGCAGUGCGCCCCCCGAGUGGGUCGACUCCGAUGUCUGCAUGCGAUGCCGAACCGCAUUCACGUUUACAAACCGAAAGCACCACUGCCGCAACUGUGGCAACUGCUUCGAUCAGCAGUGCUCGAGCAAAUCCCUGCCGCUGCCUCACCUCGGAAUUCUGCAGGCGGUUCGGGUGGAUGAUGGGUGUUAUGCGAAACUGACAGACAAACGGGGUGGGGGGGUCGGCCAGGAACGCUCGCCAACGCAACCUUCGUUCCCAUCGAAGCCUCGCGGAUCGGCCAUGCAGCCACGGAACGCUCGAGUGGAUGACGGGUUCGACGAGGACCUGAAGAAGGCGCUAGCGAUGAGUCUCGAAGAGGUCAAGAGCCACAGUCGAAACUACGCCGCUCCCGCGGCCAAGAAACCAGCACCUGCGAGCCAGCAGAAGACGAAUGGCCACACUCCGACCAAGGUCGUUGAGGAGGAGGAUGCAGACUUGAAGGCGGCCAUUGCGGCGUCGCUUGCCGACAUGGAGGAACAGAAAAAGCAGCAUGCUGCGGCACUUAAACAGCAGGCGUCCGGCCCGUCUGCUUCCUCGUCAUCUCCUGCUCCGUUUGCGCUCCCAAAGAACGACUACGAGCUCACACCGGUAGAAGCGGAGAACAUCAACCUCUUUUCCACGCUCGUCGAUCGCCUCCAAACGCAGCCGCCGGGGACGAUCUUGCGCGAGCCCCAGAUCCAGGAACUGUACGAUAGCAUCGGCACGCUUCGGCCCAAGCUUGCGCGGACUUAUGGAGAAACGAUGAGCAAGCAUGAUACGCUCCUUGAUUUGCACGCCAAGCUGUCCACUGUUGUGCGUUACUACGACCGCAUGCUGGAAGAGCGCCUGUCAAAAGCCUACAGCCAACACAGCAUUGGGGGCUAUAACCUCCCUCCGCCGAGGCAGACGCCCGGGCCGUACCCCUCGCUACAGCCAAGCGCGCCGAAUGCUCCUGGGACAGCAGAGAACUUUUACACGGGCGAGCAGCAGCCCCGGCAACAGGACUAUAGUCACCCGACGGCGCACCCCUCGUAUCAGCAGCCACCGCAAGCACAAUACGGCGGCUAUGACAAGCGUGCUUCCGUAGCUGCACCGGCGGCCAGUCAGUAUCCUCCGCAGCAGGUGCCUCAACACACGGGCAAUUGGGGCCCGUCUGCUCCUGCGCAGCCGUACGGUCAACAACCGAGCUACCCGGCUGGGGGUGAGGCCCCCCAGGCAACUCGCCCGCAACAACAUACACCAACCCCGGCGCACCUCGCCGCGCCUGCGCAGAGCGAUUCCGUUGGCACUACCCCCACGGCCGACCCGAGCGCAUCCUUCUACUUCAACCAGCAGCAGCAGCCGCAGUCCCAGCAACCGCCACAGCAUCAACAACCUCCCCAACAGAUCCCUAGCUCUCCACCCGACCCUACCAUGUCCCCCUACCCCAACCUCUCACAGCCCUUGCACUCCUAUCAACCCUCUCUCCCGGAAACCCCCGCCUCCCUACCAGCCCAACAACUUCACCACCAAUCCCAACCUCAACCCCAACAACACCAACAGCAGCCACCGCAGGCCCAACAGCAACAACAACAGCCAUCACAACCAUACUGGCAGCAUUCCGCAGCACAACAGACCCAGCUUCCGCCCGUGUGGCAUGCUCAGAUCCAACCUCAGCCUGUGGCGGCGGCUCCCACUGCUGCUGCUGCUCCGCCGCCGAGUGCGGCGUAUGCUGGGUAUGUGCAGGAGUCGUUCCCUUCGGCGCCGCAGCAUGCGCCGAAACAGGCGGUUAUGGAGGAGAGUUUGAUUGAUUUGUGA